UGCUGGAAAAGGGAAUUUGAGGUUUAGUUAAACAGUCCCUGACAUAAUUAACGAAAAAUUCUUGAAAAGAACAAAACUUGUGAAUUAACACAUAUAUUACCAUAGUUUUUCAGAAUGUACGCCAAAUACCUUAGCACUUUCUCCCCAGUCAAACGAUGUGCCUAUAUUGCCAAUAAUAUCUGUGGCCGUUCGCACAGCCUUGGCAGGUUCUCAAUAUUACAAAUCGCGCACUACUCGACGGCGAAAGGCCACGAUGGUAAGAGCGAGAAGCCUCCAGGGGGCAAUCAGAUACCCUCAGGACCAGCCGGUACAGUUCAGAUGCGAGUAGUGCAACCGACUACAAAUAAGUUAAACUAUGAUGAGAGGAAUAUGAAAUUAGGUCGUGUGCUCUCCCCACAUUUGAGUAUCUAUAGGAAGCAAUUGACCUCUGUGAUGUCUAUAUUUCUGCGGAUAAGUGGAGCUGCUCUAGGCCUUGGAGUUUGGAUAAUUGGUUUGACAGCGCUAUUGUCCAAAAUGGACAUCAAUGCCUUAGCAGAGAAGGUUGAGUCGCUUGAUCUCAGUGGGACAACGUUCACGGUACUCAAGUUCUUAAUAAUUUUGCCGUUUAGCUAUCAUUUGAUGGCUGGAAUACGCCACUUAGCCUGGUAUCUGAACGUGUUCCUCACCAAACCAGAGAUAUAUAUAACUGGCUAUGUAGCCUUGGUAAUGUCACUGCUUCUUGCAGCAUGCUUAGCCUUAGUUAGUGUUGAGCCACAGCAGAUUGAGCCUAAGGAAGUCGGCCAAGUGCAGGACCCUGAAUAUCCAAUUUUCGAGGAAGAUACCAAAUCUGAUAUGGUACCCGAAGCCCUUGACGAAUGCGACGAAACUCAAGAAGAUAUUAAACCGGUUCAGAAAGGGUGUUUGUGUGAAGACUAGAAUUGGAAUAAGCCAUGACCGUCAAGGCUUGGAAUCGAAAUAUGACACAACCCUUAUA